UCCUAUAAAUAAUAGCAACCUGGGUCCUUUACCCUCAAACACUCUAGCCAUUUCACCAUAGAACAGAAUAAUUACAGAAGGAGAAUAUCAGUUCAAUAAUGAAGACCUUGACCGUGCUCCUUGCUCUUGUGGGUGUUGCUCUGGUUGCUGCUGUCCCAGGAGGAUAUUAUAGCUCAUACAGUAGUGGUAUAGGUCAUGGUUCAAUAUACGACAGACCAGGAUAUACACGGUACGGACACAGUAUGAUCGGAUAUGGUUCCCCAUAUUAUAGUUCAGGUUAUGGACGCGGUUAUGGCUCUCGCUACGGUAGAUAUGGAUCAUCACUUUACGGCAGCUCAUUGUAUAGUGGAUAUGGCCGUGGGUCACUUUAUAGAGGAUACGGCUCUGGUUCUCUCUACGGAGGAUACGGCUCAUCCCUUUAUGGAGGAUACGGCUCUGGUUCUCUGUAUGGAUCAUCUCUUUACGAUGGAUACGACUCUGGGUCUCUCUAUGGAGGAUAUGGCUCUAGAUCUAUCUAUGGAGGAUACGGCUCUAGAUCUAUCUACGGAGGAUACGGCUCUAGAUCUCUCUACGGACGAUACGGCUCUAGUUCGCUAUAUGGAGGCCACGGACAUGGCUCGCUGUACGGUGGAUUAAGAUAUAGACGUAGAUAUGGUUAUCCAUAUUCCAGUUAUGGCUAUAGGCACCAACACGGGCAUUACCCGUCAUAUUAUUCUGGACACAGAUAUGGCUACUGAGUGUUUACCAGAACCAAUUCCUCAACCACGGGAUAUUACUUAAAAUCCAAAUAUCAUAUACGCAUUUCUCUUUUAUUCUUCAUUGGUCAUCUUGCAUCUAGUCUCAUCACUCAUCUUCUUUGUAAAAAAAAUGUUAUUUUGCGAUAUGUUUUUGGCUAAUAAAUUGUUCAAAUAAUGGA